AAGCUCCGAUCUUCUUCUUCUAUUAAUAACUUUUCUUAUUCAUCGUCUCCACACAAGUAUCCAGCUCUUUCAUUCUUCUUUCUCUGAAUGUUCUUUUCUACUCAGAUCAACGUCCUUUUUGGAGGUGUACAAACUUUAGAGUUUAUUGAAAUACAAUAAAUCAUGGCAUUAGGAAAAUAUACUAGAAUAGAUAAUAACAGGAGGUCUUCAUCAACUUAUUGUUCCACGGUCACAAUUGUGGUGUUUGUCGCCCUGUGCUUAGUUGGGAUAUGGAUAAUGACAUCUUCAUCUGUUGUCCCCGUCCAAAAUGGGGAUGAUAACCCUCAAGAAAAGAAAAGUGAGGUUAAGGAAGAGGGUACCCAGGUGAUUACUGAGAGCAGUGGGAGCAAUGCCCAGCAAUUUGAAGAUAAUACCGGCGAUCUACCUGAUGAUGCAACAAAGGGGGAUGGCAAUACUAAUCUAGCUCAGGGUGAGAGCAACUCAAGUACUGAAGAAAAGCAGGAGAAAUCUCAAGAGGUUUAUGCCUCAAGUGAGGGGUUCAAGUUGAGUGAUGGCGUGAAAACGUCAAAUGAUCAAGAGAGUAACUCAGAUGAUGGGAUUUUUAAGAAGGAAGAAAAACAAUCAGAUUCAGAUGAUGGAGUGCCAAAAACUGAUACAGAUGAGAGUUCUGGUGGACUAAGAGACUCUGAAGAGAAUUCCAAACAGAAGAAAUCUGAUGCAGAAUCAGAUGGGGAUGAGAAGAAAUUUGAUUCAGGUGAUACUGAGAAAAAAUCUGAUUUGGAUGAUAGUGGCUCAAAACAGGAUAACAGCUCGAGUCAAACCAAUGAAGAAACCGUUGAUACUCAGGUAGAGGUGAAGGUAGAGCAAAAUGAUAGCAAUGCAUUGGAGAAAAGAUCUGAUGAGAAGGAUGGCAAUCAGGAGAAAAACGAGAGCUCAAAUGAAGUCUUUCCUUCUGCUGCUUUGCCAGAACUUUUGAAUGAAACUGUGGCUCAGAACGGGUCAUUUGCUACUCAGGCUACAGAGUCAAAGAAUGAAAAGGAGGCUCAUUUGUCUUCUAAUGGGCAAAAUGGAUUCAGUUGGAAACUUUGUAACAGCACUGCUGGUCCUGAUUACAUCCCAUGCCUGGACAAUUGGCAAGCAAUUAAGAACCUCCAUUCUACAAAGCAUUAUGAACAUCGAGAGAGGCACUGCCCUCAAGAACCCCCCACCUGCCUUGUUCCUCUUCUUGAGGGAUACAAACACUCGAUUGAGUGGCCAAAAAGCAGGGAGAAGAUAUGGUACUCAAAUGUUCCCCACACAAAGCUUGCAGAAUAUAAGGGGCAUCAGAAUUGGGUAAAAGUCACAGGAGAAUAUCUCACUUUUCCUGGUGGUGGAACUCAAUUCAAGCACGGUGCUCUUCAUUAUAUUGACUUCAUACAGGAGUCUGUGCCUGAUAUUGCGUGGGGGAAGAGAUCUCGUGUGGUUUUGGAUGUUGGAUGUGGGGUUGCCAGUUUUGGAGGUUUUCUCUUUGACAGAAAUGUGCUCACCAUGUCGUUUGCUCCGAAAGAUGAGCAUGAAGCCCAGGUACAAUUUGCACUAGAGAGAGGGAUUCCUGCCAUAUCUGCUGUGAUGGGUACACAGAGACUUCCCUUUCCUGGCAAAGUUUUUGAUGUUGUUCACUGUGCACGUUGUAGGGUCCCAUGGCAUAUAGAAGGUGGUAAACUCCUUCUGGAGCUGAAUCGUGUGUUGCGACCUGGUGGUUUCUUUGUGUGGUCUGCAACUCCUAUUUAUCAGAAGCUUACUGAAGAUGUUGAGAUUUGGCGAGCUAUGAGUGAACUAACAAAAGCCAUGUGCUGGAAACUUGUGAACAAAACUUCAAAGGAUGCAGUAAAUGGGGUUGCAGUAGCAGUAUACAGGAAGCCUACUUCUAAUGAGUGCUAUGAGCAAAGAUCACAGCAAGAGCCUCCACUUUGCAAGCAGUCUGAUGAUCCAAAUGCAGCCUGGAAUGUGCCACUGCAAGAUUGCAUGCAUAAGGUGCCAGUAGAUUCAUCAGAACGUGGAUCUCAGUGGCCUGAGCAGUGGCCAGCAAGGUUGGAUAAAUCACCUUAUUGGUUGAUGAGUUCCCAAGUUGGAGUUUAUGGUAAAGCUGCACCAGAGGAUUUCACUACAGACAAUGAGCACUGGAAACGGGUAGUAUCCAAGUCUUAUCUGAAGGGGCUGGGAAUAAACUGGUCAACUGUGAGAAAUGUCAUGGAUAUGAGAGCUGUUUAUGGAGGAUUUGCUGCGGCUCUGAAAGAUUUGAAUGUAUGGGUCAUGAAUGUGGUACCAAUUGAUUCUCCAGAUACACUUCCCAUUAUUUAUGAACGAGGUCUAUUUGGUAUUUAUCAUGACUGGUGUGAAUCAUUUAGCACCUAUCCUAGAUCUUAUGAUCUUCUCCAUGCAGACCAUCUUUUCUCCAAGGUUAAGAAGAGAUGCAAUAUGGUGGCCUUGAUUGCAGAAGUUGAUAGAAUGCUCAGGCCAGAAGGAAAGCUCAUUGUCCGGGACGAUGUUGAGACCAUUAACCAAGUGGAGAAUUUGGUCAAAUCCAUGCAGUGGGAAGUGCGCAUGACUUACUCAAAGGAUGCGGAGGGAUUGCUCAGCGUUCAGAAAUCCUUGUGGCGACCUAAAGAGGUUGAGACACUCACUUAUGCCCUUGCCUAAGCCUGCCUCUUCUGUCAUUCAUCUGCUUUUCUUAUUCUCGAGGCUGUCAAGUUUAAGAGUUUAAGGUAUUCUUUCCUGUUCUGUUGCUAAUACACGUGACGUGAACUAGAUCUUAGAUCUCUAUGUUUUGCCCCCCCGUGUACCAUGUUGAAUAGGCCUUUAGCAUUCAUUCGUCUUUCUCUAUUUAUCCUUUAUUUUAUCUCAGUUUUCGAUUUAUUUUUCGAAAGCUUGGUGCCGAAAUUCAGUUUAAUUUCAUAGUAAUACUGAAAUCAUUCUUGAAGUGUUAAAACAUUGAUUAUAAACUCGUGACAAACUA